ACUUGACAUAUUUUGGUAGGACCCUGAGGUGGCGCAUCGUCUAACGAGACGUAAGGCCCGUGCUGCAAGCCGAGGCCAUAUUUACUAUUUUAUCGGAGGAUCUAACAUAAUAAACAAAUAUGCUGUUGGUGGGGGCGCGCCGUUCUGCGACAUAGGGCGUGGAUUGACAAAAUAUUCUGCAAGAUUUAACCGAGUGAAAUUAUUGGCAGUCUGCUCACCGCACUUGUUUGUAAAAUGCUAGACAAGAGAGAAGUGUCUUGUUCGUAGAAGGCGCUGCAUACCAUCGGCCGAGAUGAAUGUUCAAGUGAUGAUGAAGAACUUGGACUUUAAUUGUGGAGUGCUUCUUGACAUUUUGGAACUUGAAGUUCUUGUGAACUUGAGUGUGGAAAAUGUCGCAAAUUAAUUGAUGUGCUGACGAGAACUGGAAGAAGCAAGUUGUGCGAGUGAAGUUCUGUGGUGAUAGUGUUAGUCGCCCGGCCGAGGGGGGCGGGGGUCCAUGCUCGCACCGGCGAGAACUGGUUGCGUCGCGUGAGCCGCCUGUCCGGCUGCCUCGCGCGCGCGGGAAUGCGAACUGUCGUCCCCGGGGAGUAGCGGCCGCGGACAGCCCGACAGAGACCGGCACCACGGCUGGGUGAUGGACCCCGUGGGGUCGUGGUCGGCGUACGCUGCGGCCGCGUCGUACAACCGCCUGGCGGGGACGGCCACCUUCCAGGCGGCGGGCGGCGCCGGCGGGGCGGGGGACUUCGUGGGCUCGCACCACCACCUCGCCGCCGCGGGCAACGCAGGGCUGGGCGGCCACCAGGGGGGCGGGGCCCCCACGCCCACCACCUCGCAGCUGCUGCUGCAGGCGGCCAGUUCCACCCCGUCGCCCUUCAACCCGGGGGGCUUCCUGUCUCCGCCGCCCGUUGGGUAUGAUGCCAUGUUCUCUCCACUUUUCCACCAUGCAAGCCCUAAGCCUGCCCACUAUGGCUCUUCACUGAACAGGCAGACAUUAGCACAGGCUCAGGCUGUCGCUGUCGCCAACAAGCAGAGUGCUGUGGAGUCUGAGCUUACGUCACUGCGAGAGAACUACGGUUCGGCUCACCACCAGGCCGCUUCGUUCUUUGAGCACCAGGCUUCUCAGUCGCCGUCACCCUCAUCUUCUUUGUCUUGGUCACACCAGGGCAAUGCCCAGUUACCCAGCCCGUUUGGGAUUCUGCCACAUGAGACUGUGGUCACCUCGUCCCCAGGCCCAGUUACAUCCAAGACAAGCGGCUCGCCGUACGAGAAUUCCUUCAAUGCGCACUUUGCGGCAGCACACCUCAACUCGCAACUCACUGCAGUUGCUGAGUACAAGUCUGCAGCAGCGAGCAGCUAUGAGAAAAAGGCCAACAGAGCACAGUCCCCUCUCAUCACGCCUUCCACCAAGUCUUCAUCUGCAUCAAGCAUUUCUCCUGGAAAUGGUGGUGCACCUUUUUUCCACCAGGUGCCCACGAGCACGUCUUUUGCAACAGAUUCUCGAACAGACUGUUCCUCGCUUUCUGCAGCCAACUUCUCGGGGGGUAAGUCUCAGCACAUGCCCUCUAGUCCCGACUUCCCGAGCAGUGGUGGAAACAGUAAAUCUUUUAAUAGCAGCUCCUCAGGUUCCGUGCAUCACCAACAGCAGCAGUCGUGUAUUGUGUCCACAGCAUCAUCCACUUCUGCAUCCUCCAAGGACUAUCGUAUUCCACAGCCACCGUCUCGUGCCAGUACGGGAGCAGCAACAUCUAACUUGUUUCUAAAUGCUUCUCAGGCACCAGCCCCUACAAGGGUAUCUUCACAGUCAUCUGAGAAGCAAUCAAGAACUCAACAGCAAAAUUUUGUGCCUCCAACAAGCAAGGCUUCGCCAGCUACUCACCAUAAUAUACAGACUAAGGCUCAAACAAAAAUUUACCCUGAGCUGGGUAGCAGUUCUUCUGACAGGCGCAGUGAGAGUGCAGCCCUGGAGACUAGCCAAAGUUCACCGAUCAGUUUUGCAUUGAUGGAUGCCACGCCACAUCGCCAGAGCAUUAAUUAUGCUGGCACACCUAAUGGGACUCCUGCCCCCAACUCAUCUAAAAUGUCAGGAAGUGCACAGCGCAGUAGCAGCCAAACGCAGCAGCCUGUUCAGCAGCAGUCGCAGCCUCAACCACAGUUCCAGCAACAGACACAACAUGUUCUAGCUCAGCAGUCUGGCUACCAAGCUCGUCAUUACGACUCGACCGAGUACCAUCAUGCGAGCGGGCGGAAUAAGACGCCGACUGGUACCGAGCCUUCAUCUUAUCCGACUGCUGCCUCUGUACCUUCGCAGCCUCAGAAUGGGCCAACUGACUGUGGGGCCGUGGUCCCUCGCCGACCAAGCCCUUUGCAAGCCCACUCCCAGGCGAGUCCACUUGGGCACGUUCCCAGCCCAGCUUAUCCUAUGUAUAAUAGCCCUAUGACCUCUAUGUCCUCCCCGUCUCCCCUGCAGCAGCACCCGGAUGGGGGACAGUCCUCACGACAUGCCCCUCCCUCCCCACUUGACGUCACGGUACCACGGCCGGCCUCUCAAGGCAACCAGGGUGUAGCUUACUCUUCGGUCAUCACCCGUGCACUCACAACUGAACGGUCGAGCAGCGGGCAGCAGGAUUUUGCGUCACAGAAGCAGUGCUGGGCGGAAGGCCCAGACAGGCAAUCUCAACAUUCACGCAAAAAUUACGCUGUUGGUCCUUACGGGAGCCCAGCUGGAAUGGAGCUGCAGCAGCAACCACAGCAGGUACAACAGCAACCGCAGCCACCUCAGCAGCAGAGGGCAGCUCUGAGCAUAUCUGAGCGCCAGCAAGCCUACUUUGACUCCAGCCCUACUCACCAGGUGACUCUGCAGGAUCUGUCGAGCUGCCGUGGUGAUCCCAUGAGCAUUGUGAAGAACCUUCAGACUCUGCAGCAGCAGGCCUGUCAGUUACAGCAGUCUCCUACUGCAGAGCCCCAGAAAGUUGUGGAAGAGGCACCCAGAGUCCCUACGUCGAAGACUGGCGGAAACAGUAAGCGAAGGAAAAGUUCGGAGAAGAAUCACGUUCCAAGUGCACUCAACUCUCCUGAUGCCAUGCCAGAGUACUUUACCACCAGGGUGCCACCUCCUGCCCAUCACAAUGCCAACCAACAGGCACAACAGAAUGGUGGUGGCUAUUUUGACUUUGAACGUUGGAACCUACCUCCCCCACCGCCGAAGAUGUUCGGGGCUGCCAACGCUCCACAUCACCAUGCACAUCCUUCUGGGCCUCUGCACCAUGUGGGAGGGCAGCCCCAGUCCCUGAUGGUCCCCCAUCCUCACCAUCAUCCUCCGCCUCCAUUACCAUAUUUCCCCGCGUUUCCUCUGCACCACCCCACGCACCAUGCAGACUUCCAGUCAUCUCCCGGGCAGCCUUCUGUUGAAGUGGGUCCUCCAGUGCCAUUUGACUCGCCACAGUCAUCGACUGGCCCUUACCCUCAGGAACCUCCCAGAGAUGAUCAGCCUAAAGUAAUUGUGCCAAACAUAGAGGAGGAGCUGGGAUUCUUGUCAGACACCGGGUCCGCCCCAGCUCCGGUCAUGGAGCCGAAAAAACCUCCCACCCUUGUUCCUAGCAAUGCCUCAACUGGUUUCAUGGCAAGCUACAUGAAAUUCCUUCAGGGCGAGAGAGAUACUUCACCUCCACCUCAGAAUCGUGCCAUCAAAAAGACUGCGUGGGUCAGAACAAAGACUUACCAACCAGAGGUACCCAAGACACAAUCACCCGGUGAUAGUUCAGCGACUACAACCAUCGCUUCCACUACCACGGCCACUAGUGCAACUUCUGUCACCACCACCACCUCGAUCACGACCCUUACACCGGCAUCCAGUACAUCAACCUCUGCCACAUCUGACAAGGCACCCAGCACGGAACCACCUCCACCGAAGAAAGUGCCAGAUCCUCCGGAAAAGACCUAUGAUCCACAGGACGACCCCAGGUACUUCCCAUUGCCGAAGAAUGAUGCUUCGAGGCGUAGUUUCAGUGACUCUGAUGAUUCAGACACGGAGUUGGAAAAGGAGCGGCAAAGAAUACAAAAGGAAAAAGAGGCAGAAGAGGCGAAGGCAGCUCAAAAAGCUGCUGCAGCUGCCAUCAAAACGGUCGCUGCCAAAAAGGAGGCUUCCGGCAAGAAGGCAGACGGUUCACAGAAAAAGAGUGAUGGAGGAAAAAAGGAAGCCCAGAAGAAAGAUGGGGCCAACAAAAAGGGUGAAUCAACUACUGCUAAGAAGAUUGAUGGUUCCAAGAAGGGUGAGGCAUCGUCAAAUAAGAAGGCAGAAGGAGGACCGAAGAAACUGGACUCUGCAUCUGCCGCAGCACAGGUAGUGUCCAAAGUUGGUUUGACUGUGAACAAGAAUGCACAGACAGCAGAGAAGGCGAAGAAGACACGAACUACAAAAGCUGCCAAGAAAAAGUUAGAACAAGAAGAAGUGGAUCCUUUGGCCAUUCCUCCUCGGCGUGAGAUGUCUCGUCGCAAGGCCAAGGAGAAAACCACCAUCAAGCAAUUUCUUGACAGGCAGGAAUCGCUGGACGAAGAUUUUGAUCUUGAGGAGCCGGAUCUCAUGGAUUCUGAUUCGGAUCCUGCUUGGACACCGGCUACAAAGGACUCGUCAGACGAGGACGGAGGGGGCAGAAGGCGGUCUUCCCGCCGUAGCCGCAUCAUGCCCAGUCGCAGCAAGAAGCCGCGACUGCUCUCGGACGGCCAGGACGGGGAGGAGGCCCCGUCGCCGACGGCGGGGGAGAGCUCUCCCGAGCAGAAGACGCAGCCCCCGCAGCAGAACAAGCAGCAGAAGCAGCAGCCGGCAGCCGGCCGCCGGCAGAACGCCAACCAUCGGACGGCGAAGGGGCGCACUCGCUCCCGCACCGCUUCGACAGCCAGCACCACCCCUCCCGCCUCCCAGCCCGCGGAGGACGCGGAGGAAAAUGACCUGGACAUCCUUCCUUUCAAGGCUGGUGAGUUUGUGGUCAUGAAGAGUGAUUUGGGAGAUGAGUACCCUCCUAUCUGGAGGAUUGACGGCAAGACACUUCUGCAGAAGUACGAGCCCUUCGACCAUGAUGGGGAGACCCUGUACCGCAACAUUUCCACUUACUCGGGGUGGAGUCCACAGAACCGCACCAUCUACCAGCAAGUACCUGUCAAAUACCGGAUACAGAACAGAUUGGAGACAAUAGUGGAGUUUCUGAAGAACGAGAUGUCGUUAGAUGACCAAGAACUAAUUGACAAGUCCAUGAAUGAGACAGCCAAGUAUCAGGACAACUUUGAGGUGUACAUCCAAACCCUCAUAUCGCAAGCCCUUGACUCCAACUUCCUCAUGGAAAUUUUCCAGGAAAAAGAUGACUACUUCCUGUCGAACGUGAAGAUGGUGGACGACGUGACGGAGGAGCGGAAGCGCCGCCUGCUGCAGCUGGCGCAGUGGAGGCCCGACUCGGGCCUGCAGGAGAGCGUCGCCACCUGGCCGUGCUUCAACGUGCUGUCGGAGCUGCCGGCGGACGAGCGGGGCGGCCGCCUGGCCUGCGUGGCCUGCGCGCGCUCCCCGGGCGCCGUGCGCGUGCAGGCGUACGGCCAGCCCUACAACGCCACCACCCUCGAGGGCUGCCAGCCCGACCCCAGGGUCGCCAGCCAGAAGGACUUCCUGGUUUGCAACGAGUGUGCGAGCCGUGUGAAGUUGUACAACAAGGUUGCCCAUCAGAAGUACCUGAUGUACAUAGAGUGUGCCAAGCGGGUGGCGGAGAAGAGGUCCUUGGACCCCAAGAAGGACACCACUGUCAUACUGAACGAGCUGCUAGCCGACGAAGCGUGGCUCAACCAGUUGUUUAAAUGCGUGAGGACGUCGUGGGCAGAGAUCGACAAGCUGGGACAAGUGUCGUCGAAGUCAGACGAGGCAGCCUCCACGUAGUGGACCCUGCCACGUCACUGUAGAUAUACAAGUAGUGCUGUAAACUAACCAAAACACUAUCACCGCAAUGUCACAUCUGUAUUCUGAUGCAGAAACUACUACUUCGAUGCAGCCAGCAGUGUAUAAAUGGUAAACGUGUAUCUUGCGUGGAUUGUAAAUACGUUUAAGUGAUGAACUUGUGGUGCAUUGCCUUCACAAGCAGUGAGUGAGUGUUAUAAUUUUUUUUGCCCUGGCCUUUGAGCAAGAGACAUUGAAGUAGGAUGCCUGCUCAGGGAGGUAGCUAAUUUCUUUAUAUAAACUAUCUUUACAUGAAUUUUUCCUUCAAAAGAUAAUUGUUUUGUGUAAAGCAGAUAUUAUAUUAUAUAUGCAGAGUUUAUUCCCCCUAAAGAGCGUAAUUAUGGCAUCGUCUUGUUACAUUUUACAGGCGUUUUCAAAAUAAACAAGAAGAGAGAACUUCUCUUCAAUGAAAACUGAAAUAAAAUACUCUAUUGGUAAAUAUUAGUGUUUUUAUGCUGUGGUUUUAGAGCACCUUUUAACGGUACCAGUUAUUUCCUGCAUGAACAAAUUAUUAUUAUUUUUUUUUUGCAUUUACAUCAAAAAAAUUUAGGGAUGGGGCAGAUCCUAUUUUUACCGAACCCAAAUUUUAACUCUUAAUUAGGGAUCUGCAUGUAUUAAAAAAAAUAAUAUUAGAUGCUUGUGAAUAAUUUACUAUUUGAUUCAACAUUUAAAAUUAAAGAGUUAUAAAAUUGUGACCAAUAGAGAGGCUUGCAGUAUGUGAGACUCAAAAAGAAAUUAUUUUAAAUAAAUGUUACUCAUAUGUAUGAGACUAAGAUGAUUUAUUCAGAAGUUUUAAUUUGUUUCCUGCAACAUUAUUCACACAUAUUUUUAUAUCCUACAAAUAAUCAGUGAUUUGAUUUUAAAUUAUUAAGAAUACCAUAUUCUAUGUAUAAAAACAGGUCAACAAAUGAACUUUCAAAUUUUAAAUUUACUUGUUUAAAAAAAUGCAUUGCCAGGUUUAUUUUGAAUUUCCUUUAUUUUACACAUCUUUAUUAUGGUUCCGUCCAUUUAUUUUUCAUUUUACUGUUUUUAUAUUUUGGUAGAGAUUCAUUAUUGAUGUGGGUUUAUUUACCAAAAGUAAAAUAAUUUUUCUGCAAUUAGGGAUGCAUGAGUGCUCGAAAUUUCAAGUAGUCUAGUUUUAAUUACUCGACUUCAGCCUAAUUUUUAAGCUUAAAAAAUUUAAGUUCCCCUUGGUCUAGGGAAAUAAUAAAACAUGAAACAUCAUUAAUAUAAAGCUGGAAUAAUAUAUUAACAGUCUUAUUUUGUAUACUAUCGUUAAACAUAAGUUUUGAUAAAAAAAAAUUAAUUCAACUAUUUCUUGAUUUUUCUACGACCAUAAAAUAGUGUCUUUUGUCAGUAUUAUUACAGUUUUAGUCAAUUGACAGAAAAAAAUGCUAAAAACAAAUUAUUAUUUCACAGGAGAAACUAUUUGUGUCACUAUUAACAACAAGGCAUUCCACAGAAGGAUGUGCAUUGCUGAAAAGAGCCAAACUUUUUGAAAUUAAAUAAUAUAAACAAAAUGUAAGAACCGGUUGAUACCAAGAUGGCGUUUUUCAAUUACAUAUCCAUAGAAAUUAAAUAAUAAAAAAAAGGAAGUUAUCAGAAAUACCCCAGGAAAAUGUAUUUCCACGAUUCACAUUCCAAAUUUUACCUUACAAAAUACAAUUUAUUCCAAUAUAUUAAACAAAUUUUUCAUUCAUAAAAUUUUCAUUACAAAGUUGUGUCUGAAACUUGCAUUAUGUUGUGCAUCUGGCAACACAGCUCACAGAAACAAGGACAGCACUAAUGGUAGCAGUUGUACAUUGGAAAGCGAAAGUAAAAAUGUCCAUUUAAAUGCACACUGCAAAUUAAGGGUGAGAUAACCUUCAGCAAUGGUGGCUGAUUUUACAUAAUCUUACAUAAUUUUACAUAAUCUUCUACUGUAUUUAUGAUUUUCAUCUUUGUUUGGACGUAUUUGCGGUCAAGUAGUGCAUUGUCGUAAUAAUUUUUUUUUACGUUUACCUGUACUACAAACAAAAAAAAUGUAAUUCUUAUGCUAGCACCAUACUUAAACUUUUGUAGAUUUUGCUGCAGUAACAACUGUUUCUUAAAAUAGCCUUCAAAUAUCAUUUAAAAUAAAUAAAUGUACAAAAUAAAGUCAAUUUUACCAUCCACCUAGCUGAAAAUAAUAAUGGAGCACGUGAAGUGAAGACAAAUGAACACGAGUGAUGAAUAGGGAAACAUGGAUGAAUCACUGUAGUUACAGCAUAAACACAAUAUUUACCUUAAAAGAACUAUAAUGUUGAAGCAACAUAGUUACUACAGAAGCACAAUAACUACCACAGAUGCACAAUAGUUACUUACUGCUACUUCACCUACUGAGCAUUAAGUACAAUAUUAUCGUACAUACACCCUGAACAACAAACUUGAAUACUCAAAAUAUUAAUAAAAUGAUGGUGUCUGUGUAAAAAUUUGUGUUCAUUUUAAUGUUCCAAAUUAACAUCCUAAAUUUAAACUCUUAAACUACAAUGCAACUGGACAAACAUAUUUUAGUUUCCUUGUGCUUCAUUAGAAAGAGUUACUUCCAUUUUUUUAUUAAUAUUUAUUAACAGAUACUAGUUGAUUACAAAUUUUUUGUAAGAAAAAUUCAAGUAGCUUAAUUACAUGGAAUUAUAUAUGUAGUUGUAAUUUUUUUUGUAAAUCUAAAUAUUGUGGAGAUUGUUGGCUAUAAUGUAGUUAGCACUAUGAUAGUGAUUCAAAAACCAUCAGAUACUAUGUGCAGUGUGUACAUUUUUGCUACUAUUUCCCAUUAGAAAAUACAAAAAAAAAAGUAUUGCUGACUACUAAAUUUUUUGCACUACGCGAUUCAACAUUAAAGUACGCUACUCGUGCACUCCAAACCACAAGUUUAAAAUUUUUUUAUUAUUAUUUUUCAUUAGAAUUUAGUACAUUUGAAAAUAAUUAUAAGUUAACAGUCUGUCAGGAUCAUGCAAAUCAUAAACUUUCUUGUACAAACAUAACUUCAAUAUCAUGUGAUCUAAAUAUUUUAUUAUGAACAAAUCUUAUUAUUAAUCCUAUGUUGAAUCUUGGAAUCCUGAGAUCCUAAGGAGUCUAUGGUUGGUUGAAUCUAAAAUUGACUGCCCCAUCCCUGGAAAAAAAAUUUUUUUUAGUAGGGAUUUUUUAUUUUUUUUAAUCUAUUACAUUUGUGUAAUGCAGCAGUAAAAUUCUUUUUAAUGUGUAUUCGAAAGAAGAAACGGAAGCUUUUAUGCCUGUGUGUGUCUUUUUUUUUAUGUCUUUGCUUACCCUUCCAUUCACAUUCCUUCUCUUUGUUAUUGUGAUGAUUUUUUUUUUUACUUUAAAGACUAAUGAGUUCGUUUUACCUACCAGUUAGAAUAUUUUGUAAGUUAUAAUAUGUGCCUAUGAUUGAAAUAAAAUACAUAUUUAUGUUGAAGUAAAUUGCAUUGAAACUUGAAA